CUUUCUUUCCGACGUUCCAGGCGCGUCCGUGAAGGCAGCACCCUGCUGGUCCCGCGGCCGCACGGCGUCACGGCCGCGACGCGUUGUGUCACCUCGACGGUUAACUGACCGACACGUCCCGCAGCAGGACAUAUAAUGACCCACAGCGACCGUUAGUCCGCGCGGGCACACUCACUCCCCUGCACCGCUCCUCUCUCCGCCAGAAAGAAAUCCUUCUCUUCUUCUUCUUCUUCUUCUGCCGUCGCCGUCGCCCGGUUCUCUCUGUCCGUCCAGGGAUGGGGUGGAGGCGGAUCCUUCCAGCGGGCAACGCGCCCCUCAUCGCGGUGACUUUGGCGCUGCUCGCCGUCGUCCUCUGCUCUUCUCCGGUCGGCGCCAACGAGGACUGUCUGUGGUAUGUGGACAAAAACGGCACCUGGCACAACGGCUUCGACUGCCCGCUCAUCACGUUCUGCUGCGGGAACUGCCACCGGCACUACUGCUGCCUGGAUGCCUUCAAGAUGAUCACGGAGAGGGAGCAGAAGCGAUGCAUGCUCUUCCAGUUCAGCCCCACCACUUUAGCCGGCAUCGCCUCGUCCAUCCUCCUGUUCGUGGCCAUCAUUGCCACCAUGGUGUGCUGCUUCAUGUGCUCGUGCUGUUACCUCUACCAGAGAAGGCAGCAGAGGGGCAGGACUCCGUAUGAUGCCCAGCAGAUCCCCAUGGCCACCUACCCACUGGAGCCCAUGUACGACGCCUACGGAAAACCACUGGGACCCUCCGAGUAUCCGCAUGCAGUUUAUCCAAUGGCGACCCAUUACCCUGGCAUGCCCCCUCAGUAUCCAGUGAUGCAUCCUGGGCCGUAUCCACCACACCUAAUGGACCCCGCAUACAGCCAGGCCCCUCCACCUUACUCUCCACCCCAGUAUCCGGGUCAUUGAUGACCUUGUCUACAAAUACGAACACACGCAGUGGGAAAUAACAGCAGCUGAGAGAAAGGACUGUUUCGAGUUGGAGGAGAAGGCAGCAACACUCUCACACACACACACACACACACACACACACACACACACACACACACACAUUCAAAUAAACCCUACAGCUUGACUAGCAGCAGUUUGCCUGUGAAAGAGAAGGAACAGGAGGCACUUUAAGAGUUUUUUUUUCUCUCUUUUCUUUUGUUUUUGUUGUUGUUUUUCCUACUUCUCUGGAGCAUUUGCUCAUAAAUCAAAUUCUGUUCCGCAACCCGAUGCCUGCUCGCUCAGGGUGAGUUUCACAAAGGGCGUCACGCCAGCCCCCAAAAAGUGAUGAGGUGUCCGGCUGGCGCCUCGAAUUCCCUGCUCUGUUACGCUCACCACAGUGGCCGGGUGUUACCUAAAGACGGGUUGCAUCAUAUUAAGAGAAGAGGGAGUAAAAAAAAAAGGAGAUUUGAAAUAAUGAUAAUGCACUCACUCCCUUUCUAUUUAAUGAAGUGGAAAAUGCUUUAUCCCUCGCUUUUGUUAAAUUUGAAUAGAUUGAUACCAAGAUGACAUUCCAGGUCAGUGUGGUUGAGGCUAAUGCAAAAAAACAACAACAACACAUUGGAAAUAAGGGACAUGUUUGAUUAAAGAGGUGACACGUUUGGGAUACUGUUUUCGAUUUUAUGGUUCUCCCAAUUCUGCGUAAUAAGCCUUUAGUCACCUAUUAGUUUCAACUUUGCUCUUCUUUUUUUCCCGUAUCUGACUCAAAUGAUGACUUCAUCGUGACGUAUUAGCUGCAUCGCUCCAUUGUAACAUGUCAACGUCGGCAUGCUGCCCCAUCAAAAUUAUCUUUUUCAAAUGUCUCUGUCCUCCUGUUUUCAAUGAAUUAGAAACUUAGUCUUAACACUAAUCUCAUAAUGCCGGGUAGUGCGUUUUACUGUGGUACAAUUCUCGUUAAAUGUUUUGUUCUUUUUUGCUUGUAACAUAUCAGGUCAGGGGAGCUGCAGGUCAUGCUGCUUUAUGCUGUCAUGUCCGGCCUUACAAUAAUUAACCGUGAAAAAAAAGCACGAGAGAUUAACUAUUUAAAUACAUAUUUUGUAAAUCGGAUCUUCAGCUGAAUAUUUUAUGAUGAUGUAACGAGUUAUUUUAAAACAACGUAUUGUUAUUGUAACAUGAGAUAUGAGGUCCUUUCCCUUUGGUAUUCAUUAUCAUCGAGGUUACCUUUUACUGUGAAUAGGUUCUCUCUUUAUGGACUAAGCUACAAAGCCAAAAAUCACUACUGUUGGAAAAAAAAGUAGGUUUUUGUUGAGCGUCUCUUAUUAAAGGUUUGACAUCUG